AUGGCUACAGGGUUAGAGAGAUCAUCGAUAUCCUUCAGAAGACAAGGCUCUUCCGGCUUAAAUUGGGACAACAAGUCCUUGAACAGGAACCGGUCCAAGUCUCAUAUUGAAUCAUCGGAGGGUUGGCUAAAGGAGGAGGAGGAGGAGAAGGCUGGACACAGGUCCGAGCUCAGGCUGUCGCGGAGUGUGGGAUCAAUUGGUAUGAUGCAGUGGAGCGGAUCCAAUGGCUCGGGACAGAAGAAAAUAUCAUCAUCAUCAUCAUCAUCAUCAUCAUACCGGGCCACCAGGGCGUCCCCACCGAGGAUUGACCCGCCAUCUCCUAAGGUCCGAGGCUGUGGGUUCUUUGGUAUUUUCAGGAAACCGGUGGCUGACAGAUCCUGCCAUGGUCACAGAGUGAGGAAUAACAGCAUCACUAAGAAGCGCAAGUCAUAG